AGAGGCGACUGAAAUAUCUUCAUGCUGUGUCUGAGAUUUGCAAUGGUGUGUGUUUGUGUGUGCCUCUGGCAUAAUCACUAGUAAACCGUUUAUCGUGACUGUAUGUCACGCUUGUGUCACAAGGUUGCUGUCAUUUGAUUUCCCUGCUGCGCUGCAUGCCUGUAAUUUGGAACAAACAGGCUGUGCAUUUGUUCGUUGUUGUGCUCACAAACACAUAUAUACACUGCUUUUUAAGCCGCAGUAGUGGCGGCACCUCAUUAUAACAAUUAUGAAAAUGUAUAAUUUGCCUGUCUUAAAAAAAGAUGUCAGAUGUUCUGUGUUUUCUAACGGCCAAUUCACACUGCGCCGACGUCCGCUGGGCUUUGUCUGAUCAGCGUUUGUUUUCGUGGAUUGAUCGUGUUGAAUCUGCAUUUGUGGGGACUUGUUAGAUCUGUGUCUGUCGGUGCAGUGUAAUUCGGCCUUUAAUUUAGGCCCUGACUCCAGUUCAGUUCUCAAGUGAUCGUCACUAAAUCAAAUUAAACCGCCAGGGUGGAGUCCAAGCUGGUCAAAGCCCACCACAAUCCCACUGUGAUUUCAGAUCUAGACAACAGCAAACCAAAAGCUGUGGGAGUUUCACAGUGGCGUCCGUUUAGAUUCUGACUCCAUCGUACUCAAUAUUACAUGCCUGGAAUUAGGAAAGGGAAACUGCUCAAUUUGACUUGGAAGAAUAGGAAAGGUUGACUCUCCUGGCUUUUUGGUGAUCAGAGGGAGACACACCAUCAUGUUGAAAUCUAAAGGAUCCCUCCUCAUCCUCAUCGGCUGUCUGCCUUUAGCAGUGUUGUCCUUGAGAUGCUACACAUGCAUGUUUCCAGCCAUCUCUCCUCUGGACUGUCUGAAGUUCCCCCAGGAAUGUUCCGCGGGCCAGCGAUGUCUUGCCAGCACAGCUGUAGGAGUUAAAGGGUCAGUGUCUAUUGUCCUGUACGAGCGGAGCUGUGCCCUCCCAUCACAGUGUGACCUGAGCGGAGAGAAACACGCGGCAGGAAUACACUUCAACUACACCAACGAGUGCUGUGACACGGAUCUCUGCAACACUGCUGCUCCCAUCAGCUCCCCCCUCUGGACAGGAGCAGUGCUGAGCCUCUGCGGGACGGCCCUCCUGCUCCAGCUGGGGUGAGGAGCUCUCACGCUCACAUGAGGUGCUGCUACACCACCAGCAAAGUCUGAGAUUCAGAAACACAGCAUACCAACACUGUCUGUUUAAAACCAAUGCAUCCGCUCAAAUUUGACAUGCACACAAUACUGAAACUGUAAGUCCAUCUACGCACUUUCUUGCAAACGCCAUGCUUGAACGGAAGUGCCUGCAACCACACACACACACACACACACACACACACACACACACACACAGACAGAGUGAGUUAAGACUCAUGAGAAUGAGUCAUGU